AUCAAUUAUACUCGUGAUGAACUCAUAUCAUUGAUAGAUGCAGGUGAACUGCGAGAGGAUUUUAAAGAAUACAUAGACUGGAGAAACAAGGCAUCUAACAACAUAGCUAUUUUAAAAAGCACAUUCAAGAAUGAAAAAACACAAUCUCAUGAUCACAUUUAUGCGAAACUUUAUAGAUACCAACUUUUGGGAAAUAACUAUAAAGAUCUUGUGGGAGAAAAAGCCAAUAUAAGAGAGUUGACCAAAAGUGCUAGAAUUAAAAAAUUAUGUGUCGACUUUGUAGUAGGAAAAAAUGAACUUAGUCGGUUAUACAAAUUUGUAUUAUCGCCAUCAGAAAUG